AUGGGACCCACCAAAAACCAAUCUUUUGUUUCAGCCACAAAAACCGUUUCCUUAUCAAUUGCUGCCACAGAAACUGUUUCCUUCUUCUAGCAGACAUUCAUCACCGCCUACUACUAAAAUCUUCUCUGAUUCUCCGUCGUUAGCCAUUCUUCAAUUGCUGCAAAUUUAAGCUACGAUAAUUUCUCUGGAAUAACUACAAAUUCCCUCUUUUCAUACUCCAUAUUCACUUGAAAGUUUUCACCUUUGAUUACAAUAUUGGAGCUCCAAUUCAAGAGAGAAGCAUUGGAAGGAUAUGAAGUUGAUUGCUAAUCCAUCGUUGAUAACAAAUGAGAUUAAAAGCUUUAUUACAGGAAAGUAAUGGCGGUAAAUUGAAAAGGGGAACCAUCAGGAACAUUGCAAGCCUAUUUAAAACAAGUGUUAGGACAGUUCAGAGAAUUUGGAAGCUAGCAGCAAUUACUUCUACAGAUGGAAGAGUUGAUGUAUCACGCAGAUUUUCUAAAAGAUGCGGAAGAAAACGAGUGGAUAUUGAUUUUACUUUGAUCAUGGCAAUUCCUCUCCGGCGUCGGACAAACAUCAGGUCACUUUCCAGUGAAAUGAAAGUGUCCAAAUCAACCCUUCACCGACGAAUUAAAGAAGGUGCUAUAAGGCCACACUCAAAUGCACUCAAACCACAAUUGACAGAUCAGAAUAAGCAAGUAAGGCUUAACUUUUGCUUGUCAAUGCUUGAACCAGAAAGUCUCAACAGCAAUCCAACAUUUAUGAGUAUGUUCAAUGUUGUGCAUAUUGAUGAAAAGUGGUUUUACAUGACUAAAGAAUGUGAAAAAUAUUAUCUUCAUCCUCAAGAAGAAGAACCUCUUAGGACAUGUAAGAGCAAAAAGUUCAUUGUGAAAGUUAUGUUCCUAGCUGCUGUUGCUCGACCACGUUUUGACUGCUCUGGUAACCCAACAUUUGAUGGGAAAAUUGGGAUUUUUCCUUUUGUAUUCAAAGAACCAGCAAAGAGGAGUAGUAAAAAUCGUAUGGCAGGUACAUUAGAAACUAAGCCAAUAUUGUCAGUGACCAAGGAAGUAUAUAGGAGAUGUUUAAUUGAACAGGUUUUGCCUGCAAUACAUGCUAAAUGGCCACGGGAUGGUGGUAGUGUUACUGAAAUUUUGAUCCAACAGGAUAAUGCAAAACCACAUAUUAAUCCCACUGAUCCGGUAUUUAUUGAAGCUGCUUCUAGAGAUGGAUUUGAUAUUCACUUGUCAUUUCAGCCUCCUAAUAGUCCAGACAUGAAUGUUCUUGACUUGGGAUAUUUUAGAGCUAUACAAUCCUUGCAACAUCAAGAAGCACCCUUGUCAAUUGAUGAGCUAAUUCUUGCUGUGGAAAAAGGUGAUGAAAAAUCUUGGGGGAAAUAA